CGGUGGGCUCUCCCCACUCCCUUUCGGCGCCGCUCGCCAGCCGAGCGCAGCCGCCGCGGCGGGGUCCGCCCGAGGUGCCGCACCAUGGGCAGCCAGGGCUCUAAGGCGGCCAAGGCGGAGGGCAGCGCCCCGCCGACCGCUCACGCCGCCGCCACCGAGCCCGCCAAGGCCAACGGGCAGGAGAACGGCCAUUUGAGGCUCAACGGGGACAUGACGGCCAAGGCGGGCGGCGAGGCGGCACCCCUGAACGGGAACGGCUCGGCUGAACCCCUCAAGGAGGAGAGCAAGGGCGAGCCGGGCGGAGGGGACGCCAUCGAGCCCGCGCCCCCCGCCGAAGGGGGGGAUGCUAAACCCGAAGGUGCCGCAGCCCCCAAGGACACCCCCAAGAAGAAGAAGAAGUUCUCGUUCAAGAAAUCCUUCAAGCUGAGCGGGAUCUCGUUUAGGAAGAACAAGAAAGAAGCCGGGGACUCCUCUGGGUCCUCGCCCACGGAAGACCAAGGCAAGGCGGAGGAGACCCCCGCUUGCUCGGCCGGCGGGACCGAGCCGUCGGCUCCCCCCGAGGAGGGGACAGCGGGGGAGCAGGGCAGCCCCGGGGAGAGCAGCCCCGCUGCGGGUGGGCAGCAGGGAGCUGAGCCCAAGAGGGAGGCUGUAGAAGCAGGGGGAAGCAAGGAGGGAGAGAAGCAGCAGGCGGGGGAAAGCCACGGGGAUACAGCCAAACCAGAGGAGCCCUCAAAACCUGCGGGGCCUGAGCCUACAACAACUCCAGCGGAGCAGAAGGAAGAGUAGAGCCCACUUGGCACAGUCCUAACUUAAGACUCUUAAACGCCAUCCUCUCCAUCCCGGUAACACCACGGACUCGCUGCCUUGCCCACACACCUCCCUGUCCCACCCAGAACUGACGACGCUUUCUAAAACCAACCACCCCCCCCCUCCAGUUAUUUCUUCCCCCUUCCUGUUAGAAAGCCGGUUCGGAUUCCCACCGUCACCACCUACUUGGAGUAGUUUUACCUGAAUCCUUUAAAACUGUGGAGGAAGACUAUCCUGGACAUAACUGGAAUUUACAGUUUGUAAGAACCCAGAUCUCUCGCCCUGCUCUGGUCUCUCUGCUGGCCUCCUGACUGUCCCCACUCUCCUCCCGGCAGCCUUCGAAGCCCAGCAAGCCAGUGACUGUUCAAUGGAUUUUGUUUUGUUUUUUUCUCAGUUUACAUUCCUGGUUCUGACUUCAUUUAAAGUAUUUUGUGCUUUUUAUAGAAAUCAAUGGUUUAAAAGCUAAUCUGGUUAGUUUUUUACAAUGUCUUACUAUUGGCUUAAAACCAUAAAGCUUGUAAGUCCGCUGUGUUUAAUUCUGCUUCUAAGGGAUAACUUUUAGGGUGUGGGGUGGAGGGAGGGGGCCUGCCAGCUGUAUAAUGUGAAGCAACAUUGUUUUCUCUGUAAAUAAUUUUUUAAUGGCCAAAACACUUGAUUUGCAAUUUUCUAACUUCUAAAAAAAAAAAAAAAAAAAAGCUGUAUGGGCUUUCUUGUAACAUUUGAAAGGAAUAAAUGGUGACCCCUUUAUGGGUGAGCUUGA